AUGUCCGAUGUCUCGCUGCCUUGGAGGUCUCCCCGCUCGCGUGUCUCUUCUCUUCGCACCAGCGGCGGAAACCGCACUAGCAGCGGCGGCGGCGGCGGCAGCCACCUGAAGCCACCAACACUGGGCUCUUCCAGCAAAAACGAGACCCCGAUUCGCCUGGCGCCCCGAGAAGACAUAGACGAUAGCCCCCCCUCCCCGCCGGGCCGUGCAAUUCCGGGCUCCCGGGAGCGCGUGGCUCGCUGGCUAAGCCCAGGCAGGUCCGCGGCAAGUUGCCCUCGAAGUCCGCCCCGCUCACCGGGGCACGGUCGGAGGGUGGCUGCUGCGCUCCGGGGCCGUUCUUCUCCUGCUUCCGGGGGGCGGGGAAGGAGCAGACACAGCAGACACACAGAGAAAGAGAGGCAGGGAUUAUUGCCCGAAACCGCCAGCCGCCGGCAGCCUCCGCCGACCCUCCCUGUUCCCCAAGUCCGCGCGCAGCCCGCCGCCUCUCAGCCGGGUUCCGGCCGUGCGUCCAGGGCGCCCAGGGGAAGGGCUGGGCCCGGGGGACUGGGGCGCGGUGGGAGCCCACGGACCCUCCACGUCGCGCGCGCGCGUUUCCUGCUCCUCUGCUAUUUUCCUGGACUCCCCAGAACCCCCAGUCGCCCGGCUUCCAUCGCCCGCAACUAGCGCCGCUGCCGAGAUUUUCCGCAAUGCAACUGCAGGGGUCGUUAUUUCCUCGCCUACGGAUCCCGACGCUUCCCAACUCCGAGAGGAGGAGGGCAGGUGGGGGCGGGAGGAGGAGGAGGAGAAGGAGGCUCCGCCAGGUUCCUAGACCAGGUGCAACUCUUGCCUGCAAGUCCCUGCCUCCCUCCUCCCGAAAAGGGGGAACAGCGCCUUUCCCAGUCCGGGUACCAGCAGCGGCUGCUGCCAACUGCUCCUUCGCCCAACUCCAGGAGGAUCCGGGACUAUUGGAAACCCGGGCUUUAGAGGAACGGGCUUCCCUUCUUGUCUUUCUUUUAUUCUGCUUUUCUUUAGGGAAGCUCUAGUGCUUUGGAGGCUUUUGCUGGGCUCCAGGAUACUUUCCGCCAAUGACACUCAGCAGCUUCCACUGAAGGAGAUUUCCCCACCAAACCCGCGCGCGCGCACACACACACACACCCAGCGCGCGGCUCUCCAGGGCCCCAGGGGAAGGAGAGAGGGAGAAAGAAAAAAAAAAAGCAGUCUGACAAAGAUGAGCAGAUUCCAGCCUGGUGAGAGUUCAGAACCGUGGACAGCCACCUACCAUCCCUGCUUGGGUGGGGAGAUAGCCUGGCAGAAGAGGUCUCUCCUCUGGAAGCAGAAGCAUGGUGCCUGAAUUUUUAUGUCACUACCCACUCAUUUACUAAUGAAUUCUGCAAUUAUUAAGUGUCUUAUAUGUGUCAAACACUGUGGCAAGAUGCUUGGGCUUCAAAAAAUCUGCAGACCAUAUAUCCCUCUAUAUUCUGCUUUAAGAGCCAAUGCCAGUAAAAUAAUACUUUAUUUCCACCCUUUCAGUCUGCAUACUCACCUCCAGCAUUCCCAAAGAAUAUUUAAUCUGUGAUCUGCCACUAAGUGCUUUCAGUUUUUAAAAAAGGCAAUUCAUGAGAGUAUUUGUUAGUUUAAAAAAAGUUUGAAUGUAUUGAUUGUUAUGUGUGAAGCAUUAUGUGUAUUGAUUGUUAUGUGUGAAGAUUAUGUGUGACACAUUCUGAAUCCCUUACAUAAAUUAUCUCAUUUAAUCAUCAUAAUGUGACCGUGAGAUAAAUGUCAUUAUCACUUCCCUUUUACUGACAAUAAAACAAUACCAGGGUAGUUA